CUGACGCCGAGUUUGGUUUACAACACAACUGUAGUAAUUCAGCUUGAAUGGGAAUUUCGAGAUAAGCUAGACGGAACUAAUGUUACUAUAGUGAAUGAUGUGGGAAGAUUUUUAAGGUUGCGCUUGCCAAACUAAGAAGCUAGGUCGUUAGCUGUCAGUUGAGUACAAUUUGGAGUCACAGACAACAGUAUCCAGUUAUACGACUGUGUCUAACAUUUGAAUCUGACCGCACAUUUGAUAAAACGGAGUGGACAUGGCCGCGGCUUCGUUUGUUUGUACAUUUGUGGUCGUUCUGACCUGAUCAACACUUGUGCUAACGUUAGCUUGUUAGCAAUCCUGGUUGUUUACUGCAUCAGCCCCACCACUGUGGCUCCGCACGGAUUUCCACUGUACGUUCAGUUGAUUUAAGGACGCUCUCACGUUUACAAGAUGUUCCUGGUGGGGCUGACGGGAGGUAUUUCCUCAGGGAAAAGCACAGUGUCUUCAAUGCUGCGGGAGCUUGGUUGCCCCAUUAUUGAUGCUGAUGUUGUGGCCAGGAAAGUUGUGGAGCCGCACACUCCUGCCUACUCUCGCAUUGUCUACCACUUCGGGCCGGAGAUCCUUCUUGAGAAUGGAGAGAUCGACCGGCAGAAGUUGGGUCAGCUCAUCUUUACCAGCGAGGAAAAGAGAAAGCUGCUGAACUCCAUCACCCACCCAGAGAUCCAUAAAGCAAUGCUCAAAGAGAUCCUGUACUACUUUCUCAGAGGGUAUCGCUAUGUGGUGCUCGAUGUGCCUCUUCUCUUUGAAACCAGACGUCUCACUCAGUUUCUGAACCACACUGUGGUGGUUUACUGUGACCCUGCCACUCAGCUAUCGCGCCUGAUGCAGAGGGACGGCCUGACCCAGGAGCAGGCCGAGCAGCGCGUGGCUGCACAGAUGCCGCUCAAUGAAAAGCGCGGUUUGGCCAAUCAUGUUAUUGAGAACUCAGGCAGCCGGGAGGACACCCACCGGCAGGUCCUGCGGCUGCACACAAAGCUGGAGGACUCCAUGGACUUCCUCUUAGUGAGGGUCAUUGCUAUUGCUGCCACUGCUGGUCUGAGUGGGAUACUGCUCUAUGCAGCCAAGAUACUUUUGUCCUAACAGAGGAGAGAUCACGGUUAAAAGGGUUUGGUCCAAGAUGUGGUCAAUGAUGAGGAUAUGAUUAGAAGCAGGCGAAGGCAGGUCGGAGAUAUCGAUGCAAUUUACUGUGAGAUUAGUUUCACAGCACUCACCACUACAGCUCAGUGGUAUGAUGUGCUCUGUUGGCAGUUAACACAAACUUACAUUAUUGACUUUAACUUGCAAUGACAAAUGUGGUUUGGUGUGAAGGGUUUAUUUGUGCAAUUUCUGUGGGAUUUACUGUGAGACACUAAAAUAUGGAGGUGAUACCUUAGAGCAUUGGUUCUCAACCUGGGGUCCCAACCUCCAAGGGGGUCGUGUGAUCAUUUCCAGGGGGUAGCCAUGUUGUUGGGGGAAAAAAAACAAAAAAACAUUAGGUUCUAGCUGUUAAAACUAAACCAAUCUGUCAUUAUGUAAAGCAUUAUUUAUUAUUUAUUUACAUUUAUUAAUCAGAGCAUUUACAAUAUUAACUCAACAUCAGCAGUGUGAGGCGCAUAGAAACAGCUGGUUAUGACUUACAGCUCUGUCCCUUUCUCUCUCGCUCUCUCUCUCCUGUAGACUGUCCUUUCACCUCCCUGUCCUUUCCCUUCUGUCUGUGGAUUGCUACAAUGGCGAGAAAUAGAAUUAGAAAGUUCUAUUUACAACCACGAACAGUAAGCUGCCUAAGAAACCAAACUAAGUGACGCGUCCUGACUGUCUCUCUAUUGAUCUCCUCUGCUCCGUUUCAGUACUAUGGACAGCUCCGCACCUUCACACGCACCCCCUAAUUUAGCCACACUCAUUUCACUAUUUCACAGCACAAACACCCACUGGCUUAGAUGUGGGGCUUAGAGAAAUCAUAUCCCAAAAUAUUUAGACACCAACCUCAUUAUUCUGGGGGCUCGUGACUCAAAAAGGUUGAGAACCACUGACUUAGAGGCUCAGCUGCUGUACAAGCUCCCCCACCUUUGCUCAGUUAUAGGAGCGAUGCUCUCAACAGUGACAGUAAAUUGGAGCUGAAAAACUGGCUUAAUCUUAAUUUUGAUGCAGCAGUCAACAAAUAACCAACAUCAGUGCAACCAUUAAAGAUACAGACUGUAGUCUGUUUAUUUGGUUAGACCUUAAGAGGUUUUUCAAAUUAGACAUUUUGGUUGGUUGCGUAGAUUCAAAAUUUAAAACAAAAACAACUGACGUUAGAGAGAGCAAAUUAACAAGUAAAAAAACUUGAUUUAUUCUGCACCAACUCACUUCAUUUUUAAGUACAAAAUACCUGUUCUAUCUCCCGUCAUGGAUGUUUUAAAUUGGAUGGGGUACCCUCAUAGAAAAACAAAUUAAUGUGCUGGAAUAGGCAUGAUCUGAUGCUUACAGAUUAUGUUAUGAUUGUAUGUUAAUGACCUGUAUAAUGAAGAUGUAUGACAGAAUGUAUUUGACAAUCCGUUUUUAAUGGGAACAGUGUGAAUUUACACAAAUUAAUAGACUAUAUUUAUCACUGUAUUUUCUUACACUUCUGUCUGUGAUGUUUUAUUUUUUUGGUGCACACUCACUUGGAACUAAAAUACAACAUUUGUAACGUUAGCUGCUUAACUUAAAUAUAUCACUGUUUUAAAGGAACGACU